GGCCGUAAGGUGAAGGUUGUUGCAGUGGGUUCAUUAAAAGACAGGGUUCAACUCUUCGCCCUCGCAGAACGCUGCUGGGAGGCUAGUUCCGUGGCGUGCGAGGGGAGAAAAGGGGAAAAGAAAAGAGGAAAAAAAAAAAAAAAGAAGCCAGGAAAGGGAGCAAAGCCGCAGCUACUUAAAACAAUCUUAAGAGGAGCGGGGCAAGGAACGGAGACGGCGGGAAGUACGGGCAGGCUGCAAGCUCCCGAGGCCCAGCGAGGAGGAAGGAUGAUAAACGUGGUGUCCGUGUGGCUGGUGGCCCUUUGCUUCCAGGCUGCUGUCCCGCAAACUACAAAUCUGAAUCUUCCUCCUGAAGACCUUGAUUCAUCUGGUGAUGAAGAUGAUGCAUUCUCAGGUUCAGGUGCAGGUCCUCUGACUGACCAGUCUCACACCUGGAGAAUCGCAGGAGAACUAACUAAUUCCUCAGUACUGGCAACACCAGUGGACUUCAACGAGCAGCUAUUUCCUGGGAUUGAGAGCCGAACUGAAAAGGAAGCAGUAUCUCCUUCUGCAACUAGUAAUCUGGUGACAGAGGAACCAGUUGUAGCUGUGAAGGACGAAGUAGCUGUCCUGGGCUCACCCGAUGGGAAACCAACAAGUGAUGUGGUCACAACAACAGUGAGAAGCCCCACCACUCAUUUUCCUUCAGUGGUUCAUGUAACUCCUUCAGAAGCCUCAGGUGUAGUCCAUGAGCUCGAACCUAAAAUCCCCAGCUCUGAUGUACCAGACACUAAAGAUGUUCCUGAGCCCCACUCUACUGUCCAUCAUGAGGGAGACAUCGCUGCCAUCCCCACGACGACAGCUCCAAAGGAUGUUGUUCCUACACAAGAGGAGGUUUCUGAAGAUGGCUCUGGAGAUCCGGGAGACUUCAUCUUGACUAAAGAUGAGGAUUUGGUUCCCACCCAGAACUCAGAAGUACUGGCUGACUCUGGGAGGAAUGCCAAAGCAGCAGGAGCCUCAGGAAUUAUGGACAGAAAAGAAGUUCUUGGAGGUGUUAUAGCUGGAGGACUAGUAGGCUUGGUGUUUGCGGUGUUUCUAGUUGCAUUUAUGCUGUACAGAAUGAAGAAAAAAGAUGAAGGCAGCUAUUCACUGGAUGAACCAAAACAGUCUAAUGGAGGAUACCAAAAACCACACAAACAAGAAGAAUUCUAUGCAUAAACACUGAUCUUCAGGACACUUCUUAUUCCAUCUUUCUUGGAUUCUUCUCUCCCUGCACGUGGACCUCCUAGUGUGCUUUGCAUUAAACUUAAGCCAUAUGAUCAUUGGGUUAUUUGCCCUUACCACUUUGCCAUUGGAAAUCUUAUAACUACAAAGUAGAUCUGGAUUCAUUGAACAUUCCCCGCUUUCCUGCACUUUUUUUUUUUUUUUGAACAGAAUUGGGACUGCAAGUUCCUAAACUCACUUUGGUUUAUCUAGAGACUGCUGGGGCAGGCGGUGGGGAGAAGACAAGGGAGCACUGUGUGUAUAGAACUAUUGAUAUUUAGGGAAAGGGCUAGAAAGAAUAAACAGUUAUCAGUGCUCGAAUUCUGUAUAGCAGGGAUCCUUCCUAUUUAACUCAUAGAUGUGUUUUGAGUGUAACAAGUGUCUGUGCUGUGCAGACAUUUGGUAUGCUGCAAUCCUCUAGCUCUUUAUGGCCGCUGUAUUUGGAGCACUUAAUGCCUAUUAAACAUCAAGCUGAACACGAUUUCUAGUGAAAGUUGGUGUGAGGGGCAGAGUAAACAAAUGACUGUCACAUGGUUUAAAAUAACUUAUAUUUUGGAAGCAUUAUCCCAUCUCAGAACCAGCUCCUAAGCAGUUGGUACAUAGAUAGCAAAAAAACAAACCCUGAAGACCCCAAAACUAUGUAGAGAGUUAAUUUUACCAAUAGUGUUGGACUGUCCCACUACCCUCUUGCUCUUUCAAGACUUAGGUAAGUAGAUUUUUCUAAGCAGUCUCAUCUCAGACAUUCCCUUUGUUAGGUGCUGAAUCAAGGCUGGGCUGUCGUGCUGUUGGUGAUCUCACCCCGCGCUACCGUGCAGUCGGCAGGUGACUGGUGGCGUGCUGUGGCACCUUCCUCUCCAUGGUCACAGUGGUUGUUUCAGAACCUGGUCUGCCAUCUAUGCCACGGGAUGCCUUGGCACACAGGGGUGGGAGAUAGAAAGCAGCACGUGAUGACUUUGCAGCUGAGGAGCAGAGAAUUCUCUGAAAUGAGUCUGGGGAAGGCUGAGUGUAGAUAGCCUUAAACAGACACAACAGUUUGUGUGCUUGACUCUCGCUGCUCCGGAACAGCUCUUCAGAAGCUGUUCCUGCACUUUGGAGAGAAGCAGCUCCAGGGAUGUCAGACUAGUAAGGGCCAAAAAAUGCUUUCUAAGAAAAGUCCGGGUGGCUGAAGCUGUGUAUGGUCAGUGUGUGCCAGAUGCCAGGCACUGAGGCCUCACUGAGGGUCUGGAGCUCUCCAGAGUAUCUCAAACCGAGUGAGAAGACAAGUGUGGUGUUCUGUACAAAGCCUUACUUCUGCUCUGCCUUUGGGUAGCUUCUUGCCAGUUCAGUUCCUCAUCACUCAGUGCAGAAGGUAUGGGGUGGGUGGAGGAGUGUUUACAACUGAUGUAAAUAUUUGUACUGUUGAGCCAGAGGGAAUGAUUGGAGAAUAUUGGAGAAUACUGCAACAGUUGGUAUAAAUGUUGCACAUUAACAGUCAAACUUUAAAACCUGUGUAAUUUAAAUGAAGUAUAAAACACUCCUGAGCUGCUAUGCAGCUAAAAUUGGUGCCUUCUCUGCAAACCCAAGAAAAGAACCCAAAACUUCAUGAUUCCAAACUCUUCUUUAUGCACAGAGGGCUUGUGCAUAUGUGUAGCUGGCUGUUUUUAAGUAAAGCUGCAACAACCAUUAUGUAUUUUCUUUUCUUUUUCUUUUUUUUUUUUGGUUGUUGUUGUUGUUUUGGUUUUUUUGUUUUGUUUUGUUCUGUUUUUGGUUGUUUCUUCUUUUUUUUUUUUCUUUUUUACUGAAUGAAUUUUUAUAGGUUAAAUGCAAUGACCAGAUGGUGUUAAUUUCAGCUGUAAUUCUUUGCUUUGUAUAGGAAUGUAGAAAUGUUGUUUGAUAGGUCUAUCUAUGGAAAGGUUCUUGUAAAGCACAGGAAGAUAAAGUAGUAAACUUCAGUUGUACCUCACAACCUUGUUAGGGGGAAAGGAAAAAAAACUGUAUAUUUUGGUAGUCUUAACUGACAGUUUGUGAAACAAACAUGACAUUCUGUGUUAUUUAAGUGGUACAAAUGAGACGAAUUCUAACAGAAGAUGCAACAUUCGGUUAUCUGUAUGCCAUGUAAGGGUAUACUGCAAUAAAUGGCAUUUUGGCAAGAAUG